CGCGAGCUCCAUCUGGGUUCACACGCAGCUACAGGGAGAGGUGCUGCGCUCGUGCAGGAGGCAGGAUCCAUGGCAACAAUCAUGGCAGAAGCGGAGACCCGCCAGAAGCUGCUGCGCACCGUCAAAAAGGAGGUGAAGCAGAUUAUGGAGGAAGCUGUCACCAGGAAAUUUGUUCACGAAGACAGCAGCCACAUUGUGUCCUUUUGUGCUGCAGUGGAGGCAUGUGUCCUGCAUGGGCUCAAGCGGCGAGCGGCUGGAUUCCUGCGCAGCAACAAGAUAGCAGCGCUCUUCAUGAAGGUGGGCAAAAGCUUCGCCCCGGCGGAGGAGUUCUGCAGGAAGGCCCAGGAGCUGGAGCAGGUCAUGGAGACAAAACGAAGUCAAAGCCUGCAGAGUCAAGACAGCCUUCGCAGGAUGCCCCGGCUGCCGAGCCUCAACCCUCCUGGGGUCAAGAACCUGUGGAUCAGGACGGCUCUGUUUGAGAAAGUCCUGGAUAAGAUUGUCCUCUACCUGGUGGAGAACAGCAGUAAAUACUAUGAGAAAGAAGCUAUCCUGAUGGACCCUGUGGACGGACCGAUUCUGGCUUCACUGUUAGUUGGACCCUGUGCUUUGGAGUACACAAAGAUGAAGACAGCUGAUCACUUCUGGACCGACCCGUCUGCUGACGAGUUGGUUCAGAGACAUCGCAUCCACAGUGGCAUCUGCAGGCAGGACUCUCCCACCAAGAGACCCGCGUUGUGUAUCCAGAAGAGACACUCCAGCAGCAGCAUGGAUGAGCGCCCGUCGCCUUCCCCGUCAGCUCGAGAAUAUGUGGAGUCGCUUCAUCAGAACAGCAGGGCCACGCUGCUUUUUGGCAAGAACAAUGUGCUGGUGCAACCGAGGGAUGACAUGGAGGCCAUCCCAGGUUACCUCUCUCUGCACCAAACUGCUGACAUAAUGACCCUGAAGUGGACGCCCAAUCAGCUCAUGAACGGGUCUGUUGCAGACUUGGACUAUGAACGCAGUGUAUACUGGGACUAUGCCAUGACAAUCAAUUUAGAGGAAAUAGUGUACUUGCACUGCCAUCAACAAGUGGACAGUGGGGGGACGGUGGUGCUGGUCAGUCAGGAUGGGAUCCAAAGACCUCCACUUCGCUUCCCCAGAGGAGGACAUUUGCUCCAGUUCCUGUCUUGCCUGGAGAACGGUCUGCUCCCUCACGGACAGCUGGACCCUCCUCUCUGGUCCCAGAGGGGAAAGGGGAAGGUGUUUCCCAAACUGAAGAAGAGAGUUCCUCUGGGAUCCGGGUCCACGGAGUCAGUUUCUGACAAGGAGGAGGACGAGGCCACCGACUACGUCUUCCGCAUCAUCUUUCCAAACAGCCAGUCUGAUUUUGUGCCUCCUCCAGAUCUGAUGGAUCAGGGAGCCGCCCUGUGGCAGCCCAGCCUCAGGAAGACUUCGUGUUCCUCCUGCUCCAAGGGGAACGUCUCCGAUGGCGCCGCGCACAAAGGGUGCAACUAUGAGAGGACUCCCCUGAAGCUGCUGUGUGACAACAUGAAAUAUCAGAUCAUCUCCAGGGCGUUUUAUGGAUGGCUGGCGUACUGCCGCCACCUGUCCACCGUGCGCACGCAUCUCUCCGCCCUCGUCAACCACGCCAUCGUGGCGCCCAACGCGCCCUGUGACGCCUCCGGGGGGCUCACCACGGACGUUUGGCAGACAUUUCUUAAGGACUGCACCGCCUACAAAGAGCAGGAGCUGCUCCGCUUGGUCUACUUCGGCGGCGUGGACCCCUCGCUGCGUAAGGAGGUGUGGCCUUUCCUGCUGGGUCAUUACCAGUUUGGGACGUCGGAGGACGACAGGAGGGAGGUGGAUGAACAAAUGCAGGCUUCCUAUGAGCAGACCAUGAGCGAGUGGUUGGCAUGUGAGGAGGUCGUCCGCGAGCGAGAGAAGGAGCAGCACGCCGCCGCUUUGGCGAAGUGCUCCUCUGUGGCGAGCGUGGACAGCUCCAGUCAGAGGAUGACCCAUCAUGACUCCACUGUGAGCAACGAGUCUCAUUCGUCUCACAGCUCAGACAGGGAGAGUCUGGCUCGCCUCCAGAGUGACUCCAGCAGCAGCACACAGUUCUUCACAUCCUCCCAUCCCUUCCCCUGGAGUAGUCUGCUUCCCUUUGGCUUGUUCUUUCAGGUGUUUGAGUCCGUCGAGGAGCAGGACCAGACCGAGUCGGAGUCCAAGACCGAAGAGGCCAAACAGUUGCCGAAGAUGCCCAACGGAGCUGUGCAAAACGAGUCAAGCUCUCCCGACUCUGGGCAUCCUUCCUCACGAAACUUCUCCAUCACCUCUGGCCUUUCAGACGGCUCCUUCAGCACAGAGGACAGCUCCGCACCUGAUGCGUCCCAGAGAUCCACAGCUGUGCCUCUGAUGUCGCAGAGCUCCGCCAAAGCUGCAGCGGGAGAGGCUGAAGCGUUGACAGUCGAGAGUCAGGUGGCGAGUGAAGAGAAGGACAAAGGGGAGGAGGAGAAAACAUUUGACAGCACGGAUAAAGACGGAGCCAAAUUGAAUCCUGGAACACAGGACAGCACAAAGUCUGGAAAUGUGAAAAAGGAAGGAGCAAAUUUUGAAGAUAAAGACCCAAAAGUGAACAUUGAAGAAAGUCCUCAGAAACUCUCUCCAGUGAAGACCGAGGAAGCUUCCAAACACAAAGAAAAAAACGUGACACCGAUUAAAGAAAUGGAAAAAUUAAACACAACCGUCACAUUUUCUCAAGAUAAAGAAAAAUCAAAAAGCCUUAAGGAAUGUGAGGAGGAACAGAUUCUGGGCGCCUCGAUAUCGGGAGGAGCUUACAGCUCGUCUCAGAAAGACGAGACCCAGCCUUUGACUGAGUCUGACGAGUCUCCUUCCGCCAUAGAAAUGGAGGAGAUCCCCAAGGCUAAGGUUUCCAUGGCACCCUGGAGCAGGAGAGGACACUGUGAGACUUCGUCCUUCUCUGAGGAUUCAGCAACUCCUGCGGAUCUGAGGCAGGACGUAGAAAAGCUCAGUCCCGAAGGAACAGAGUCCAUCCUGUCGGAGCCGGAGAUGGAGAGCCUUUACCCUCCCUUCGACUCUCUUCCAGCCGACGAAAACACGAAGGAUGAAGUGACCUCUCAGGGAGCGACUGGGAGCCCUUACUCUCAAGAGCUUUUGGAUUUAUACACCCUAAAUCUGCACCGCAUCGAGAAAGACGUCCAGCGGUGUGACAGGAACUACUGGUAUUUCACUCCAGCCAACCUGGAGAAGCUGCGUAACGUCAUGUGCAGCUACAUCUGGAGGCACCUGGACAUCGGAUACGUUCAGGGAAUGUGUGACCUGCUGGCUCCUCUUUUAGUCAUUCUCGAUGACGAGGCCAAAGCUUUCAGCUGUUUCAGUAAACUCAUGAAGAGAAUGAAUCAGAACUUUCCACACGGAGGAGCCAUGGACACUCACUUUGCGAACAUGCGCUCUCUAAUCCAGAUCCUGGAUUCUGAGCUGUUUGAGCUCAUGCACCAGAACGGAGACUACACCCACUUCUACUUCUGCUACCGCUGGUUCCUGCUCGACUUCAAACGAGAGCUGGUUUAUGAUGACGUGUUUGCUGUCUGGGAAACCAUUUGGGCCGCCAAGUAUGCCUCAUCAAGUCACUUUGUGCUCUUCAUUGCCCUUGCCCUGGUGGAGGUAUACAGGGACAUCAUCCUGGAGAACAACAUGGACUUCACAGACAUCAUCAAGUUCUUCAAUGAAAUGGCUGAGCAUCACAACAUCAAGCAGAUUUUGACCCUGGCCAGAGAUCUGGUGUGCAAAGUGCAGAUGCUGAUAGAAAACAAGUGAUUGUUGCUCUCGUCCUCCUUUCCUUCCAUGUAAAGAAGAGUCGGCUGUAGUAGCACAACAGUGUAACACACAUGAAUUCAUACAAUCUACACAAGGCCUUUACAUUCACAGGUUGCUGCUAUGAGCCUUACAGACUGUCCUCUGUGGUGUUUGUCCUGUCGGCACUAUGAGAACUUUGUCGAUCCGAGUGCACUUAAUAUUUUAGGAUAAAGACGUUCUAGUUGCACAUUUCAUGCCAAAACGUAAAGCUGAAUUCAAACAGAGACUAUAUUUAUGAGAAUAAUAGAUUGUGAUACUGCUCUAUGAAUUGUUUUAAUAGCCAACUAUUAAAAAAAACCCAAAACAAAUUACAAGUCAUCCCUUAACAAAAUAAGAUUAUAGGUAAGUUUUUUUUUUAAUGUUAUUUAGAUGCAAACAUUUAAACAUUAACCUCAUUAAUUGAUUUAAGAAUCUGUCUGGUAGCCAGAAAUCCAACUUGUUGCUUUAAACUUUGUGUAAUUAGCUUACAGUGCCUUGCUAAAGUAUUCACACCCCUGAACAUUGUUGUCGCAUUCCACUGCAAACUUUAACGUAUUUUAUUUAAAUUUUAUCUGAUGGACCAAUGGAAAGUAGCACAUGAUUUUGUAGUGAAAGGAAAAUCAGACAUUUGUCAAGGUUUAUUGCAAAUAAAAAGUGAAUAAGCAGCAUCGCAACAGACCUAAAAACACAACCAACAGCUGCGGAGAAAUUUACAGCAGGUUUGUGUCGUAAAACAAUAUCCUAAGCUUUGAUCGUGUGUGUGUGUGUGUGUAUGUGACGUCCACUUAAAUUAACAAGAGGAGCAUUAAUCAGAGACAAGAGUAACUUUAAAGGAGUCGCAGGAAUCAACAUGAAGCAGAAUACUGAGCGGCUCACCAGAUGUUGCAGCAGUAACUGUAGCAAAAUCUGGUUCCACAGAUUCUGCGAGGCUGAAUAUAAAUCCACACUGUUCAUUAUUUUCUUUACUUUCAAAAUUACGCAGGACUUUAUGUUGGUCUAACGUUUAAAAACUCAAUAAAAUGCAUUGAAUUUGAAGUUCAAAGGGGUUUUAGUACUUUUGCAAGUCAGUGUUACAGGAAAAUGUAGUGUUUUAAGUGUCCUAAAACUGCGUUUUCUGCCAGUUUGUUUAUUUUUGUAUUUGUUGUGUCCUCAGAUAAAAUUGUGUUCAGAAUAUGUUGUGAACCCUUAACCCGAUACUUUGAUGACUAACAAGUCUGUGGGCAGAAAUUCACACAGACGUGUACAUGAAAAGACGAGCCUAAUUUCACAGUCCUUGUGAAUUGUUUUGCAUUGUUCCGUGAUCUUCUGCUUAUUUUGUCAAUCGAGUGAGUUACUUACUUUUGUUUUCUGUACUGUCUUGCAUUGUCUGGUGCCUGCUUGUUCAAUCAGA